GUUGACCUUCACAAACUGCCGUUCGAAAAUGGGAUUCAAAAGUCAGCCCCGUCCUCAAUAGAUGAUGGCAUAAUGUCAGCCAGUCUAUGGAAAGUUGUGUGAAAAGUCAGGCAGCUCAAGGAUCAUGAAGGCUCUGUCAUCAAUCACCAAGCACUUUAAUCAGACACUCGCGUUGUCUUGUGCAUUGAUUGCACUGUCACAGAUGAACUAUGGGUUUGAUAACCAAGCUUUCUCGACAACACAGUCGAUGACUGCUUUCACCAGAGAGUUUGGAGUAUAUAACCCGAAGACGAAGCAGUAUGCUAUUCCGGCCUACUAUCUAUCACUUCUCAAUAGCUUGAACUAUAUCGGAUUCGCAGUCGGCUUGGUUCUUGGCAGUCUCUUCAGUGAAAAAUAUGGUCGGCGCCUCUGCAUGUUUGUUAUCAGUUGCUAUGCUCUGGUCACUGCAACGAUCACGGUGACUUCCCAAACCAAAGAGCAGAUUCUCGCUGCACGUAUAUUGAAUUACAUUUACAUUGGAUUUGAGUUGUCGGUCGUGCCGGUGUAUCAGUCUGAGAUCGUCCCGGCUCCUGUCCGCGGCUUUAUUGUCGGAACUUAUCAAUUGAGCAUCAAUCUAGGAGGACUUAUCAUCAACAGCAUCUGUCGUGGUACCAGCACUCUGGAAGGCAAUAAGUCAUGGAGAAUCCCAUUUGGCUUAUUCUAUGUCAUCCCCUCCAUGAUCAUCUGCCUGAUCUGGUUUAUUCCAGAGUCACCUCGCUGGCUUCUACGCCAAGAACGCGUCGAAGAAGCCGAAAAAUCCCUUAAGCGGCUCCGCCACGGAACAAUGAACGCCAACACGAUUGCCGCCGAGUUAACAUCCUUCCAAGUCGGUCUUGCCAUUGAACCCGAGAAAGGUGCGUUCAAAGAGCUGUUCCAGGGGGUCAACUGUAAGCGCACUGCUAUUGUCAUCGCGAUCAGCUUCUUCCAACAAGCCACAGGCCAAGCAUUCGCAAGUCAAUACGGCGCAAUCUUCAUUAAAUCGCUCGGGACAAUCAAUACAUAUAACUUCACGAUGAUUACCAGCUGUAUUGGCACGCUGGUUUGUCUCUGCUCAAACUUAUUCAACGACAAGGUCGGUCGACGGAAGUUGUUUAUCGCGGGUGGAAUUGUACAGGCUGCAGCCUUGUUCACUAUGGGUGGAUUGGGCACGGCUCGUACCACCACCAGACCCGAGAGUACCGCGAUAGCCUCAAUGGUUGCGAUUUUUGGUGUCGGCUUCGGUAUGGGGUGGGCACCUUUGACCUACGUGGUCGUCACAGAACUACCUGCGCUGUCGCUUCGUGAUCACUCACAGCGUAUUUCAUUUCUGACUCAUAUCGCUGUGAAUUUCGUGGUGACUUUUUCGAUUCCAUAUCUUCUGGACGACGAAUAUGCAGGUCUACAUUCCAAGGUUGGAUUUAUCUUUGGCAGUAUUGCAGUGUGUGCCUGUGUCUUUGUGUACUUCUGCGUGCCCGAUUGUCAGGGAAAGUCACUUGAAGAAGUGGAUCGGCUAUUCCACGAGGGCGUACCUGUGAGGAAUUUCCGCGACUACGAAUUACCGCCGUUUGAGGAUGCCCCGGUGGACAGGGACUUGGCGACUGAACCUAAGGAUCUGGAAAAAGUCUGA